AUGGCAGACGAAUCACCAGCACAGCGAUCCGCACGAGUGCGCCGAGAGCGCCGGGAGGCAAAGAUCAAGGAAGGAGGAUCAGCACGUCUGGACAAAAUCACCAGUCUGAGUGGACGCACGCCACAAGCUGACCGCGACGAAGCCUCCUCCCCCCAGUCCAAGCACGCAAUCCCUGAAUCUCCCUCCCCAGGACCUCAAACCCCCCAGCUCGGACUCUCACCCUCGCCCCAACCAGACCUGCAGUCCCAAGAAGCGAUGCGCGCCCAGCAGCAAGCGUUCUUCUCGAUGCUCCGACAAUCCGCACCGGAACCCAACCAGGGCAUGCAUCCCGACCCACAAGCGCCAAACAGCCUCCAGGCCCAACAAGAAGCCUUCCGCACGAUGCUGAGACAAACCACACAAGACCAAGGACCGGACCAACUACCCGACGGCGAAGACCCCACCAUCAAGCUCCUGAACUCCCUCAUCGGCGCUAUACCCGGCGGUGACCCGAAUACCCCAGGAGCACCCCCAACAGGCGCAGGCGCAGGAAACCCACUUACACCCGGAUUCUCGCCCGCCGGCAUCGCAACCAUGCUCGGUGUGCCGCCUUUCCUUGCCAAUAUGUUGAAUGGAGCGCCGCCGCCUACGGAGGCGGAGCAGAAGCGCGCUCGGAUCUGGAAGACGCUGCAUACCGUUUUUGCUGUGACGGUUGCUGUGUACCUGCUUUUCAUUAUUGGGUCUUCGGUUGCGUUGUUCGGUAGUCCGCCGCCGAAGCCUGCGACCGUGCAGAAUCCCUUUGCUAUCUUUGUGACGGGGGAGUUGAUGUUGACUGGGGGCAAGGUGUUGCUUGGUGGGAAGUCUGGUGGUAUCGGGAUGGCGGUGCAACUUUGCAAGGAUGUCGUGAGGGAUGGUAGCCUCCUGCUGUUUAUCCUGGGCAUGGGGACUUGGUACAAUCGCGAAUGGCAGACUACGGUGUACUAG